ACUUGAUACAAUUGUAUUACUAGCUUCUCAAUAAUGCCAAUGAUACAAUUUGAUCUAACUUAUCAAAAUUUUUAUCAAUAUUUUUGUUUUGCUCCUUAAUUUCUCAAAAAAAAAAAAAAAAGUAAUAUUAAAUCAUAAAUAAAACCUACCCACUAAACUAUAAGAAACAAUUAAUUUGCGAUUUGGUGCGGUUUAGAUUAAACUCCGUAAAUCCCAAUUCAUGUUGAAUAACGACCAUCCUAAUCCCCAAAACCAACCAUUUUAGUAGAUUAACAUUAACCCCACACAUCCACAAGACCCAACCACCAACUUCCGAUCAUGCCGGUGUUCAAAACCCCCUUCAAUGGCUACUCCGUCAAAUUCAGCCCCUUCUACGAACACCGCUUAGCCGUCGCAACCUCCCAAAACUUCGGCAUCCUCGGCAAUGGCCGCCUCCACAUCCUCGACCUCUCCCCCACCCCAUCUCCCACCCCUAUCUCCGAACUCACCUUCUUCGACACCGCCGACGGCAUCUACGACGUCGCCUGGUCCGAAUCCCACGACAACCUCCUCGUCGCCGCCGUUGCCGACGGCUCCCUCAAGCUCUACGACCUCUCUUUACCCCCCCAACAAAACCCUUCUCGCUCUCUCCCUGAACACACCCGUGAAGUUCAUUCCGUCGAUUGGAACCCAACUCGCCGUGAUUCCUUCAUCUCCGGUUCUUGGGAUGAUACAAUCAAGCUUUGGACCGUCGAUCGCCCUACCAGUGUCCGCACCUUUAAAGAACAUGCUUACUGUGUUUACUCCGUUGCUUGGAAUCCCCGGCAUGCCGAUGUUUUCGCCUCGGCUUCUGGGGAUUGCACGGUUCGGGUUUGGGAUGUUCGUGAGCCGGGUUCUACUAUGAUCAUUCCUGGUCAUGAACAUGAGAUUUUGUCUUGUGAUUGGAACAAGUAUGAUGAGUGUUUGCUGGCUACUGGGUCUGUUGAUAAGACGGUUCGGGUUUGGGAUGUGAGGAGUUACAGGACUCCCAUUGCUGUUCUUGCUGGUCAUGGGUAUGCUGUAAGGAAGGUUAAGUGUUCGCCGCAUCACCGGAAUAUGGUUAUGAGUUGUUCAUAUGAUAUGACUGUUUGUAUGUGGGAUUUUAUGGUGGAAGAUGCUUUGAUUGGGAAGUAUGAUCAGCAUACUGAAUUCGCGGUUGGGAUUGAUAUGAGUGUUCUUGUUGAAGGGUUGUUGGCUAGUACUGGUUGGGAUGAGAUGGUUUAUGUUUGGCAACAUGGAACUGAUCCAAGAGCCACUUAGCAUUGUUUUUAUGGGGGUUUUUGAAAGAGGAGGUAAUUUCAAUUAAAGGAAGAAGUUUCUGGAUAUUGAAUUUGUUUAAUUCAGGUAAUGUACAUGACUUUUGAAGUUCAUCUUAUUAGCUAGUUAGCUACUUAUGCAAGUAUGCAACUAAGGUAUUAUGAAUUUCUUGGCAUUAAGCUUAUCUCUAGAUGACUCACAGCCACUCUUAUCUUCUUUCUUUGAAUUUGGUGGAUAGUCAACUUGAACAGGUACCACAUUAGAACCACAGGUCCACAGUACUCUUUUUUCGUUGAAUGGCAGAACUAGAAACUUAUUCCUCGCUAAAGGUUGUGUUUUCAUAGUAGUUGCUUCUCCAUUGUUGAACAGCUGCUUGCUGGAGCUGUCUUCCAUUGGGGAAACUUCUAUUUAGCGAGUGACUAUCCGUUGUUCAAGCCAGCUCCAGCCCAUGUUUGGUUCAAUGCCUUCAGAAUUUGUAUGCUAUUUCUUUGAGCUGAUUUUUAACUGAAUGAAUGUCACCAGAUCAAAUUGUUCUUGUCGAAGAAUAAACUGUCAGAGCUUGUUCAGAUACAGGACAUGUGUUAUUUCCUCUGUAUCCCUACACCCAAUCUCCUCUUAAUCUUUAAAUAUUCUUAAUCUUCAUGCAUCUCCUUGAUGUAUAGAUUAGUAUGAGAUGAGGGGGAGCAAUCAGCAAUCGUGCAUAGCAAUACAUUUUUUUUAAAGGCAGUGUACCUGUUGAUAGAAGGCCUAUGCCAAUGCCCGCUGUCAUGUUCAUGUCAUUGCUCUAUUUUGUUCUGAUACCUUGUUUUCGACUUGGCAUUGUUCUGAUGUGCUAUCAACCCAAUCUUCCUGUUUAUUCUGGU